AUGGCGCUCAGACUGUCCCAGCCGUGCUCUCGUGCAGGCUCCGUCGGACGUGGCCCCCGUCCCAGGCGCUAUCACGACUACAUCCGCUUCGCUACCCCAGACGGCGCCGGCCGCAUCCCUCUCUCGUCCUCCAAGAUCGUCGGGGUCGCCAACUCUCGCGGCACACGAAGUCACCAGGAGGACUUUUACGCCUUCUCCGCCCUCUCUCUCGACCCGCACGAGCUCCGGCUCAGCGCCAAAAAGAGCCACGCCAUAGAUUGGGACCCCGCCAAACUCGGCAACGACGCCAUCGCCCGACAGGCCCUGUUCGUCGGCAUCUACGACGGCCACGGCGGAUCAGCGGUAUCCCAGUUCUGUCGCCAAGAACUCCACGGCCUCUUUGAGAAUGUUCACAAGGAACAGAUCCCCGAGAUGUACGCCUGGAUCCAAGAGAUCGGCGGCUACUUCAAGCGCUUUCGCGGCGGCGCCCUCGCGCCCUGGGUCCAUGGCGACUGCAAGGACGAGAUGGACCUCGAGGCUCGCGCCACCCUCGCUUUCUUCGACGUCGACAGGCAUCUGGCCGCGGACAAGUACGCCAAACAAUGCGGGUGCACCGCGUCCGUGAUAGUCCUCCACACCUUGGACCAGCCUCAACCGCCCUUCUUCAACGCCAAGCAAGUCUCGCUCACCGUAGCUCACGUCGGCGAUACGCGCGUCCUCUUGUGCGCCACCGACGGAGGCAAAGCGCAGCCCAUGACAGAGACCCACCAUCCGGACGCUCGAGUCGAAGCCAUCCGAUUACGUCGGACCAUGGGGUCCUCGCUGAUCACAGAUUCGUUCGGAGAGUCGAGGUGGAUGGGCGCUUUGGCUAACACACGAUGCCUCGGCGACCUACGCUACAAGCCGUUCGGCGUCACCCCCGAACCGGAAGUACGCACCAAGCUCCUCGAGAGACAAGAGUGGGCAUACAUCGUCCUCGUCUCCGACGGCAUCUCCUCCAUCCUCUCCGACGACGAGAUCGUCGACCUGGCCCGCGACGCGCCAGAUCCCCGCACCGCUGCCGGCCGCAUCCUCUCCUUCGCGGAGGAACUUGGCGGCGAAGACAACAUGACUGUGAUCGUUGUUCCGCUCGCCGGCUGGGGUCAUAUCCGAGGGCCGGACAGGACGAAGGAGUUGCGCGAGUAUCGGUCUCGUCAAGCCGUCGGCAACGAGCGACAACGACGGAUGUAA